CUUCGUCGUGCCGCUGAGUAGUUGAGAGAGCAUCCAUAAAAGAAGUUUUGAAGAUUUAUUUUGUGAGCAUAGUCGUGUUCGUAUCUAACUCUUUUCUUUGGAGUUAACAGUUUCUGUUUCAGAACAUCAAACCAAAUAAAAAUCAUGACCUCCUCGUCCAUGUCGUCCUCUUCAUCUUCUGCUUCCCCCUCCCCACCAAGACCGCCCAAUGGUCGUGGUGCAGUUGCUGGUGGCGCAUCACAAAUUUCAUCCGGCUCGCCUCCGAACGGGAGUACUACAGCUGGAGCAAAAAAUCUUGAUGUUGAUGUUUCACGACCCUCCGGUCUUGUCCCGCCAACCGACCUACAAACCGGAACGUCGUCGAGCUCCACCGCGCCGCAAACUCUACUAGAAGUACAAAAAACCGUAACCGUCGAUCGGGAAGAUCUAGCUGAUUUGUUGAAAUUCCCCCACUAUGACACGGGCACGCCUGUUUGGAUUCCCGACGACGCACACGGCUAUAUUCCGGGGAAAGCAGUCGAGCCGACAAACCAGCAGACAGGUAUGCUAUUGGUAAAGCCAGUAGAGAUAGACAAGGAUACAGGCCGGGAAGUUGUGGGUGUGGCGGGUAAAGAUGACGGCUCUUGCGCGGUGGAGAACAAGCUGUAUCACGCAAGAGACCAGGUGCGGGCCAGACCAGAUCCAUUUGUCAGCAAAGAGGACUGCACGUCGCUUACGCACUUGGACGAUGCAAAUAUCUUGGAAAACUUGCGAAGGAGGUGUAGAUAGAAAGAAUCUUUUACCUAACAAGAUGCUCAAGAUGAUGUGCACUCUAAGUUUUUCAUGCAUGGCGAUUUAUUCUACUUGCACUACCAGUUGCCAAAAUGCAGCAAGGACCUACUUACUUAAACGUAAACACGAGGUCAUCAACAUCUUCACACAACAGGUAUUUCGCCGGCGAUAUCUACACAUUCACGUCGUCCGUCCUUCUGGCUGUGAUAUGCAUCGCAAAAGUACAACUAUCGUGCCUACUAGUAUAAGUCGCAUGAGGACAAUACCAUUCGUUGCACAGCUCCUUAAGAAUAGGACUUGUAGUGCAGCAGGCCUACGACGAUCACUACGUCUACGAAUAUGAUACUUUUGCAAUGCAUAUGUGAAUCCCUACCGCGACGUUUCUCAUCUGUACACCACGGAGCUGAAGCGAAAGUACGUCAACAUUGGUUCGGCGCACACGCUCCCCCCGCAUCCCUACUCGCUUGCGGACAUGGCCUAUCGGCAGCUGCAAAUCUCGGGCAAUCAAGCCAUGGUGAUCUCUGGGGAAUCUGGGGCCGGAAAGACCGAAACGGCCAAAAUCGUCAUGAGCUGCUUAGCCGACAGAAGUAGAACCGGGGAAGCCCAGGCGAGUGACAUUCAGAACAAGAUUCUGAAUGGGGCAAAUCCGAUACUGGGUAGAAAAAUGAUUUUGAUUGCAGUAGAAGUAGUCAUGUCUUAAUUUUGGAAGCAAGAAAGUCAUACGGUGUCUUACAAGUUCAUCUCAGAGUCAGAAUCGACGCUGCAAGGUCACUAUGCAGGAGGUGGAGCAUUUUUUACUCAACGUAAAACGUUCAAAAAUCAGAGUCGAUCGGCAACGCCACGACGGUGCGCAACGGGAACAGCUCCCGCUUUGGCAAAUACAACGCGCUCUGCUUCAACGCCGUCGGCAACUUGGUCGGCGCCGAGGUGCGAACCUACCUGCUCGAAUCUUCGCGGGUGGUCGCCUUCGGCCAGGGCGAGCGCACCUACCAUGUUUUCUACGAGCUGCUCUUUGGGUGUGACGCGGGCAUGCGCGAGAAGUUGGAGCUGGAUGCGGAAACGCCCUACCGCCUGCUGUACGGGAACGGACACACGGAACUCGGGAAUCUACCGCAAUUUCGAGAUGAUACGGGGAACAUGAAAGUCUUGGACGACGGUUUGGAGGGGAUAGGGUAAAAUAAAACAUCCACCUGUUCAUGCUCUUGAUUUGGAAACAACGCGGCCAACAGACGUACGCAAGAGUAAGAGACGGGCCACCUCCGGGUUCUUGUAAAAGUUGAAAUUUCGUGUACGAGGAACAUCAAAACGAAAACUGAUAUUUGUAAGAAGAACACACCUUUGCAAGAUGCCAGCACAUGAACACCAAAAGGAAAAUGAAAAUCAAAAAACAACAGCUUCACCCCUGAGGAGCGUCUGCAGAUUUACCAGUCGAUCGCCGGCAUUGUGCACUUGGGCGAGGUGGAAUUCAAAACGGUCCAAGAUGACAAGGACCAAGACGUCUCCCAGUGCAUAUCCCAAGUAAAAACGUCCCCACACCACAGUAAGUUGUCAUGCAGAUUUUUUAUUGCAGUUACAAAAAUGAAAAAAAAAUCAAUGUAAUACGCAGCCGCAUGAGAGGCAUUUCCAAUCGCGUUGCGGACUUUGUAAUGCUGUAAACAGGAUGAUGAGAUGGAUUUCUUGUGCUGCGGCUGUACUUGCUAAGCUGCACUACAAUACAGACACGAACUUGUCAUGCUUGACUCUCAAAACUUCGCCAUUUGUGUUGCGAGAUCCCCAUCUCGACUCCGGGGUGGAGGGGACGUUUUCGAUUAGGAUAGUGCACGGACCUGAAACACUUAAAGAUCGGCGCGAAGCUGUGCGGCUUCGACAGCGAAGCGCUGGAGGAAGUUUUUCUCACGAGGAAAAUGAUGAUUGAAAAGAAGGAGCUGGGGGUUUUCAAGAAGGAGAUUUUCACCGUGCCGAGGAGUGCGCAACAGGCCGUCGCCACCCAGCAAUCGCUGCUGAAGAUGCUGUAUAAGAGAAUCUUCCACUUAAUCUGCGAUCAGAUCAAUAAAUCCGUGCACGGGGGCGAUCGGCAGAAAAACACGAAGCAGUGCGGAAUUCUGGACAUCUACGGCUUCGAGUGCUUGCAGGUAAACAGCUUCGAGCAGGUCUGUAUCAACUUGGCAAACGAGCGGCUGCAGCAGUUUUUCGUGCAGAACGUGCUCACUGCGGAGCAAGCGCUAUACAAAAAAGAAGGGCUGAAGUGGGAGGAUGUGGUGCUGCCCGACGCAGAUCCGGUGAUAAACUGCAUUUCGAGUAUCAAAUGUAAAAAUGUCUGGGUCUGGAAGAAUGCAACUUGUGAUGCUGCAUUUGGAUUCCAGAGAAAUCUGUAUUGCAUGAGUACCAAAAGGAGUGUAAUUUUUGCUACGUGGAGAGGGCAUUUGUCAUGCGGAAUAGGCAUCAAGAAGCUCUCAAAAAAUCUGUGAUGCUAGGGCACGCAUCACAGACAUCAGGGCUCAUGCCAAACGUGCAUGACAAGUGUCAGAAUCUUCCAGACCCAGACACUUUUACAGUUGAUAUCGAGCAUCUUUAUGCGACUGGACGACCACAACAUGCAGGCGGCUAAAAACAGGCCGACCAUAUGGAAAUGUCAGGAUCGAAAUCAACAAAAUCGAAAUGAUUUGUGAUGCAUAAAAUCUAUACCAGUUGGAGCCUCAGUUUCUAAGUGGCGCAUGACAAAUUUCGGGAGCAACAAAAUUCAGUCUGUCAUGCUGUUUGAGCAAAAAGACUGCUCCUGUCAUGCUACUCUAGCAGCAUAUCGUCUUCCCCUAAACGGGCUUGUAAUCGGUCUUAUUUGCCUGCUCCCCAACACAGGUAAUGCGUGCCCUACAUUUUAUGCAUUACAAAUUUUUCGAUUUUGUCGAUUUCGAUCCUGACAUUCCCAUAGACCACGGACCAGAAGUAGUAGAAGUAGCUUUUUUAUUGCCCACAGAUGAAGAUGCGACUUGUUCAUUGCCAGCACUCGUCCCUCUCGUCGUUCUAAUCUCCGCUUUUGCACAACGAACCGAACGUAAGAAAAGUUGUGUGCAGACAUAAAGUUAAAGGAAUAAGAAAGUUUAUACCUGUCUUCAGGUUUACCGAAGAAUGCCACCGUGUGCUGGGUCUAGGCGGCAUUUUCCGGGAACCAAAACGGGGCAAAAACGUGUCGAAAGAGAACCAGCUGCGAAUGGAGCACGGGUAGAUUGAUGAUGAGCAUUAUUUUGUCAUGCACACCACAAAACAUUCGAGGACGAGGACCCCUUUGACUUUGUCAUGCAGAGCCCACUUCUAUAAAUAGGAUACGAAAGAACUAGAAGUUUUAAUUGUCGACCACAAAAACGACUCACUGCCACCACAUAUCAGCUUCGUAAUCCAGCACUACGCCGGCGAGGUGACGUACCAAACCCAGGAUUUCCUGGAAAAAAACAACGCCAAACUCGUUGGGGACGCCGAGUGCCUGAUUCGUGACGCAGCCAACCCGACGGUAGCGAAGUGCGCAGAUUUGUCCGCUUGCCAGGUCGGACAGUCCCAUUUCAACUCCGUUGCGAGGAAGUAUUUAAGGGAUCUGGAAGCGUUGAUGGACACACUGAAGUCUUGCUCCUUGCACUACAUCCGGUGCUUUAAGCCGAACGUGAAGCAAAAGCCCACGGACUGGAACGGCAAUGUCAUGCUGGACCAGAUGCGGCAAUCGGGCACGAUUGAGCUGGUGCAAAUCAUGCACGACGGCUACCCGCACCGGUGCCCGUUUCAAGAUUUAUUAUGAGAGUGCACAACAAGAACUUCCCCAUCUCCUCCGCCCCCAUUUGCACUAGCGCAUGAACGGCAACACAAGCUCGGACACAGAUGCGGCUUUUGCAUGAAAAUUGGCGACCGAUUGUUCUAAUGUUGUAGUUGUUCGGCUUCAUGUGGAUCCUGUUACGCAUGCAGUGCCAGCAAGAGGUAAAGGAAAAAGUGAGUUGCUAUUUCGCAUGACAAAUGAGGGGGACGACGAGAGGGGGGUUGUGCACUCUCAUACUUAGCCGACCGCUUCCAGAAGGACAUGCCGGAGGACUUUCGGCAGCUGGAUUCCCGUAUGCAUUGCAAAAGGAAGAUCAUACUAGUAGAGAUUGCAUUACAAGUUUGCUGUAGCACGAAAAUGAAUGGAGUUUGUAAUGCUGAUUUUCAGCGUAGAAGUUUACAGACGGGUAGAAGUAGAUCUGUCAUGCGGUAUUGCAAUUCUUACCACUAUGCUACGAUGCUUUUCCACUGCAUACCCCGCGCGUUUGUUGACGUGCUGAUGCAGGCGUUUUCGGAACAAUUAAGGUGGAAAGACUGGACCAUUGGCACGACGAGACUGUUUCUGAAGGCGGGGAAAUUAGCAGUGCUGGAAUCCUUGUCGGCAGAGGGCAUUGGGCCGGAAAUCGCGGACAAGCUGAGGAGACAUGUAUCUAUUCUGCAUAUUGUCGAUCCAUAAUCGUAUAAUCUUGAUGUGUUGUGCUAGUCCUGUCGUGUUCAUCGACGUUAGCAUGCCAGCUGGUGUGAAUUGGAAAUACAGUAGCUUUUGCCACUUUUGUGAUGGUGCAUAAGCGUGCUACUUCUUUUCAACGUAUUGAAACACAUCAGAUGCGUAAAAAGCGGCUGAAGAAAGUGCUGUGGACCGUCCGUGCGUGCGUGUACAUGAAGCGACUCAUGAAGCGCACCCGGUCCGACGGGCUGCGCUACGCCUUAGUGAAGUGCUGCCGGGUGUAUGUGAAGUUGAUGCGGUGGUAUAAAAAGAUCCGGGUGCGGCGGAGCAAAGAUAAAAUCUCCCUCAUGUUAAACCACAUCGUGCCGAUGUUCGUGCAGCUGAUAAAGCUGAAAAACAAGGCGAAGAAGAUGAUAAAGAUGAAAAAUUUUUACAACUUGAAACUCUCCCGUAUGGAAGGACUCUCAAGCGUUACACUCUCAAACUGUUACAUGAAUUUGUCAUGCAAAACUACCGUCAUCAUCCACACGAACAAGCUGUCUCGCAUGGCAAAUCUGCGAAGGGCUAAACAGCACCUAAAUGAUCUGUGCGGAAUUUGUAAUGCUACAGGCGCAACCUUCUCCCUUUAAGUUUUGCCAGUUUUGCAUUAACAGUUGAGAAUGGAACGUUUGAGAACGCCAUAUCCCGGUCCGUCCUCCUGAUGUGGCAGGACCUCGCCUCAGAGGAGAGGUUGAAACGAGAGGAAGAAGAGCGGCUAGCGGAGGAACAACGGAAACAGGACGAAGAAUUGGAACGAGCGUAUGCAGAAAUGCUGGCGAGACGGAACAAAGGCACAGGAGGAACUACAACGGCGCAAAUAAAUAAUAAACCGUCAACUACGACGAGUACGAUUCCGGUGCCGAACGACACACCCACAACAACUUCCUCCUCUUCUACGCACCCGACACCGCACGUUCACGGGACGUCGGAAGCAAAUCCAAACUCGCUUUCAGACAGCAAGAUCACCAUCGGGACGCCAACAGAUAGUACUUCUCUCCAGGACAACGACCUCAACCUCGACAAGAUUUCCGGCUCAACGCUUGCGCCCGCGACACACAACAAGGUCGCCCCCUCUCCGUCGGAAAUGUCGGUCUCUUCCGUUCCGACAGACGCGGGCUCCGAAGCAAACAAGGCACUCUAUGGCGUUCUCAAACGUUGCAUUCUUAGCUGUUGCAUGAAUUUGUGAUGCAAAAUUAUAAUAAGCCUCCACAAAAUGAAGGUGCUUCGCAUGACAAAUUCCCGAAGGGCUAAACAGCACCUACAUCGGUGCGCCGGAACUUGUAAUGCUAGAAGUGUAACUGCCCCCCUUUGACUUUUAUAUUCUUGCAUUGCAAAUUUAUCUGACGGUUGAGCAUGCAACAGUUGAGAGUCCCAUACACUCCGGGCGGAAAUGGAGGAAUUUGAGCGGAAGAAAGCGGAAUAUGAGCGGAAAAAGCAACAGGAUAUGGAAGUGUCAAGAUCGAAAUCGACAAAAUCGAAAAAUUUGUAAUGCAAGGAAUGUUGUAGGGCACGCAUGGCCUGUGUAGGGGAGCACGCAAAUGAGACCGAUUGCAAGCCUGCUUAGGGAAAGACGAUGUGCUGCCGGAGCAGCAUGACAGGAGCAGUAUUCUUUGCCCAAAAAGCAUGACAGACUGGAUUUUGGUGCUCCCGAAAUUUGUCAUGCGCCACUUGGAAACUGAGGCGCCAUCUGGUAUGAUUUUAUGCAUCACAAAUAGUUUCGAUUUUGUUGAUUUCGAUCCUCACGCCUCCAUACAGGAUAUGGAGGAACUAGAAAAGAUGAAACGGGAAAAGGAGGAAAUGGAAAAGUGGAAACGGGAAAUGGAGGAAAUGGAAAAGUGGAAGCGGGUAUCAAAUGCAAAUAUGUCUGGGUCUGGACGGGUCCCAGGUCGAAACUGUAUUGCGUGUCUCGCAUUCCUAAAAGAUCUGUAUUGCAAAAGCAGCAAACAAAGCGCCGCACUUUCGUCAUGCAAAAACGCAGUUCGUAUUGCGUCCUGCGCAUGACAAAGCGUUUGAAAAAUUUGUCAUGCUGCGCUGCAGUUAAAGGCACAGUCAAUCAUGACCAUUCAGCAUUACAAGUUUCCAGACCCAGACACAUUUGCAAUCCAUAGCGGGAAAGAGAGGAAAUGGAGAAGUGGAAACAAGAAACGGAACAAUUGAAGCGCGAAAACGCGAAGCUGAAAGAAGAAAGGAGAUACAGCGACGCGACCAAUAA